AUGAUCCACAACCACAGGGAGGCAGCACCGCACAAAGCCCUGAACAGCCUGGGUACGGCAUACAGUCUAUGGGCACAGGCCGCUGCUGUGCGUGUGGAUGUGGGCGUUUCUGCUGUGUCUGGAGCUCGGCGGGGCGGGGAUCACUCGCUCCAAGUGUCGCUGUGUAGUUUACCAGCGCUGAGAUCCACAGGUGCUUGGUCUUUAUUCCACUGGGACGGCCACCAGAAAGGUACUGGAACCAGGCUCCACGCGUGCGUAAAGACGCGUCUGUCAGAGAGCGGCCCGGAGUCUGCAGCGAAACAGCAGCAGGAAGAGAAGGAGAAAACCAAAGAGGCAUCUCAAAGCGAAGCGCCUCCAAACCCACCAGAGCUCCCAGCCGCGGUGGGACACAGCACCCCAGCCCACAAAGAACAGGAUCACCCGGAGGAGGACCUGGUCUCCCAUCAGUCAUCCUCCAGUCGUGUGUCCCGUUCUCCACUCCGAGCGGUGAAGAAAGUCAAGAUCAUGUCGUGUAAGAUCGCUCUGCUGGACGGCUCAGAGUUCACCGUCAAUGUGGAGGUGAGGAAAGCAUCGGAAAUCCUCUCAGCACUACCACAUUCUAGAAAAUCCUCUGUUCUGAAUUACUUCUAA